UAGCUAAGAAAGUCCCGCGAAUGGAUACGAUUCUCAUGGCUACUACACGCCUCAGAUGCCUCCACGCGUCGACGUCUUCCUCCGCCGUCCCCACCGUAUUCCGUUCGCCGGCGAUACACCAGCUCUCUUUAAGUCGCGCACAUUUGCUUUCCUUCCGAUCGGCGGCUAUGAACAUGUGCGUGAGACGGUCCCGCUUCCCGGUUACUCGGAGAACCACUUCUCCGACGAGACGUGGCGGGUUCUCCGUCAGAGAUUCGACGGAGAAAUCUAUUGCUCCUUCCAAUCGGAAACUAAUUGUAAUUAACUCGGUCGUAAUCAUAGCCUUAGCUGUAGCUAAUCGCGUGCUCUACAAACUCGCAUUGGUUCCGAUGAAGCAGUACCCUUUCUUCUUAGCUCAGCUCAUGACUUUCGGCUACGUCUUGAUUUACUUUACGAUUCUGUACUCGAGGCGCCGUCUAGGCAUUGUGACCGACGAGAUGUUGAGUGUACCCAAAUGGAGAUUUGCUAUCAUUGGUUUUCUUGAAGCUCUUGGAGUUGCCACUGGCAUGGCUGCAGCAGCCAUGCUUCCUGGACCAGUUAUUCCGAUUUUGAAUCAGUCAUUUCUGGUGUGGCAGCUGCUUUUUGCUGUUCUUAUUUUGGGCAGGAGGUUUUUGCCUAAGCAGAUUUUUGGUUGCUUGCUUGUGGCUACGGGAGUUGUGGUGGCUGUUUCAAGUGGAUCUGGAGCAGAUCAAACGCUAUCCGGAAUCGGAUUGCUAUGGCCUGCUGUAAUGGUAGCAUCUGCUGCUUUUCAAGCUGGUGCAUCUAUCACAAAGGAAUUUGUUUUCAACGAUUCUGCAAAGCGUCUUGAGGGAAAGUCACUGGAUAUAUUUGUGGUAAACUCAUUUGGAUCUGGAUUUCAGGCUCUCUUUGUGUUUCUGUUGCUGCCUUUUCUCUCAAACUUGAAAGGCAUUCCAUUUGGCAGCCUCCUUCCAUAUCUAAGAGAUGGUGCCGGCUGCUUCUUCAACAUUGGAGCUAAGAUUUCUGGCUGCGAAGGUGCCCCUAUACUCCCACUGCUGUAUAUAGCCACCAAUCUUGCUUUCAACAUCUCAUUGCUCCAUCUGGUGAAAAUCUCUUCAGCAAUCGUUUCCUCUCUCACUGUGAUGCUCUCAGUGCCAUUAUCGGUGUACAUAAUGUCAAAACCAUUGCCGUAUCUACCUGGAGGAACAAGCUUGAGCUCAAAUUUCAUGAUAGGGAGUAUAGUUCUGGUUCUUGGUCUUCUUCUAUACAACAUUCCUACCACUCCAACUAAGCAAGAUACUAAGACCUCCUAACACACGCACGCACGCACACACUCUCUCUACUUUGGUUUAACCUCUUGGAAAACUGAUACCAAUAUAAUUGUUUCCCAAAGAUCAGAGAAUUAUUUGGGUGAUGUUUUUGCAACUGCUGAAGAAGACCUGGUAUAUAUUCCAUUGAUCAUAUUAAAACAGUGAAGUUUUGAACUAUUCAUUUUAUGGCAAAAACUUACAAAAGUU